AUGCAGCACCAGAGGAGACGUCCCUUCGACAGAAACCGUCCAAGAAACGAGCAAAACAUCUUGGAGUGGAUCAAACCUCACUUGACUGAUGUCAAGAAGUUCAAGAUGAUCAUCGACCCAAGACUUGAAGGAAACUACUACCUCAAGUCGGCUUUGAAGCUGGCUGCUGUUGCCAACAUGUGUUUGAUGGUGAAGGCAAAGUUAAGACCAACGAUGAGUGAGGUUUCAGAGAUGUUAGAGAGGAUAGUAGAGAGCUCAGACGAGGUUACUCCAGCUUUGCCGUUGGUGAAAAGCUUGACGCCUAAAGAUGCGUUAUCGGCUUCAAGGAGAGAAAGAGUUAAGAAAAGAUUUGUUGAACUUGUAACUGGGGUUAAUGGUUGUCCUACUCUGCCUACUUGGUCUCCUAAACUUGUCACUUCUCUUUGA